AUGUGCACUGAUACGGGUAUAGAGCAUGCAUUUACUGUCAUAGAUUAUACCUGGCCAAAUGCCACUGCUCGCGACGAAGCAAUCAAGAAUGAAGAAUAUAUCCAGCACAACAACAUCAUCAGUGGAAUGAACGUCUAUGAGGACUCGGUCUUCGUCACUGUACCACGAUGGCGCCGUGGAGUGCCAUCGACACUUAACAAGGUCAUCAUGAAAGACAAUGUUUCAAUUCUACAACCGUACCCUGAUUGGGAGUCGCAGAAAAUCGGCAAUUGUAAUUCUUUUCAAUUUGUUCAAAGUAUUGCCAUCGACCCUAAUACUGGAUGGAUGUGGAUCAUUGAUACCGGAAGGACGAACUUUUUUGCAAUUGAUGGAACUGAAACCAAGAAUCUCUGCCCAGCAAAGAUUGUUAUUUACGAUAUUGCUAAAAAUAAGGAAAUCAUGCGACAUAUAUUCCCUAAUGAUGUCGCUAAUAGAACGAGGACGUUUCUGAAUGACAUUGUCGUUCAGUAUAAAGGGAAUAAAGCUCGAUAUGCCUACAUCACGGACGAUUUCGAAGAACGUUUAAUUGUUUUCGAUAAGAAAAGAAAUUCGUCUCAUUUCUACUCACAUCCACCUUCAAUGAAGCCGGAACCCGGCAACGGAAAUAUUACUGUAUUGGGUGAAACUAUAGAGGUCUCUGAUGGAAUAAACGGAAUAGCAUUAUCUUCCGAUAUGAAAUACCUUUACUAUGGUCAACUUUCCGGCUUCUCUAUCUACCAAAUACCUACGAAGGUUGUAAGGAAACCUGGAAAAAAUUUUAAUAAAUCUGUCCGAAGGGUUGGUACCAAGCCGGCGCAUGCAGCAGGAAUGGUAUACAGCAAGGACAAUAUUCUUUACUUCGGCGGACUCGAAGACAACGCUGUGUAUAGAUGGGAUGUGGAAAAGGACAAGAGGAAGCAGAAAAAAUCAUUCCGCAAAGUGGAAAUGAAAACCGUGAACAAAUUCAUUCAGAACGAUACAUUAAUAAAUUUUGUGGAUAUACUCAAUUUUGAUCAGAAAGGAAAUCUUUGGUUCUCAGUCAACAAACUGCACAAAUAUUUCCUCGGGACGAUGGAUUUUUCAGGAGAAAGCGGCCCAAACGUGCUAAUUUGGAAAGUAUGUGCAGGAACGACUGGGUAUUUAGAUCGAAGAUCCCAACAAAAAGGCUACUACUAA